AUGGAGUCUGAGGUUACCAACAACUCAAUAGUCUUAUAUUCAUCUCAAACACCCCAGUCUAGUGGUUAUAUGCCAGUGGUUCCUGAAAAUUUUCCGAGUGUUGAUGUGCCGGAAUUUCCGGAAUUUUCAACACAAGUCAAUCUUGGUGGCGGGUCAGCUGAUAAUGAAGUUAAUGAAGUCACUCCUAAGAGCAAAAAAGCCCUUUCACCCGCAUGGAACACUGCACAAAAUCUAGUGCUAAUUAGUGGGUGGAUUAAUUGUGGAACAAGCAGUGUUGUCGGAAGAAACCAGAAAGGAGAAACAUUUUGGAGAGAUAUUGCUGAGUAUUGUAAUGAGUAUUGUAAUGAGUAUUGUAAUGAGCAUUGCUCAUUCGAUCCUCCGCGCGAUUGGGUUGCCUGCCGAAACCGUUGGAAUUAUAUGAACGCAAGAUUGGGUAAAUGGAUUGGCGCUUAUGAUAGCGCUAAGCGUGAGCAACGAAGCGGUUGGUCGGAGGAUGAUGUUAUCGCAAAAGCGCAGGAAUUAUUCGCAAGUGGGAAGAUUGGUCAAUUUACUUUGAUGGAAGAAUGGCGCGCUCUCCGUGAUCAACCAUGGUGUGAAGUCUCAUACAUUCAAAAUAGUCAAAUUGAAGAAGCUUAUGUACUCAACCGAUUUAGAGAGCGUCGAAGAAAAAUUCGAGAAGAUACUGCACCUCGUAGUAGAAAAUAUCUCGGUAGAGAUCAUACAGCGGCAAACCAGAGGCUAAUUGGCGACUACUUUGCCAAUGAGCCUACAUAUGACGAUGCAAUGUUUCGUCGUCGGUACCGGAUGCAAAAACAUAUUUUCCUUCGAAUCGUUGAUGACCUUUCAAGUAGUGAUAACUACUUCACCCAACGCGUUGAUGCAGCCAAUAAACAAGGUAUAUCACCCUUAGCAAAAUGUACCACAGCAAUGCGAAUGUUAGCAUAUGGUGUGGCAGCAGAUGCGGUCGAUGAGUACAUCAAAAUUGGAGGUACUACAACAUUGGAGUGUUUACGUAGAUUCUGUAAAGGAAUCAUACGAUUGUAUGAGCAACAGUACCUGAGAGCACCAACCCAAGAAGACCUGCAAAGAAUACUACAUGCUAAUGACAUGCGGGGGUUCCCAGGCAUGAUCGGGAGUAUUGACUGCAUGCAUUGGGAGUGGAAAAAUUGUCCUAAAGCAUGGGAAGGUCAAUUUACUAGAGGGGAUAAGGGAACCACAACAGUUAUUCUUGAAGCAGUUGCAACUUAUGACCUAUGGAUCUGGCAUGCCUUUUUUGGAUGUCCUGGAACGUUGAACAACAUAAACGUUCUAGAUCGGUCACCAGUGUUUGAUGACGUGGAACAGGGAAAGGCUCCAGCUGUGAAUUUCUUUGUGAAUGGUCGUCCCUAUAAUAUGGCAUACUAUCUAGCCGAUGGUAUCUAUCCUUCUUAUCCAACUUUCGUCAAAACGAUUAGACUUCCUCAAAGUGAACCCGAUAAGUUAUUUGCAAAAGUUCAGGAGGGAUGUCGGAAGGACAUUGAACGUGCAUUUGGAGUUCUUCAAGCUCGUUUUAAAAUCAUCCGUGAACCAGCUCGCUUGUGGGACAUAGAUGACUUGAGUAUCAUUAUGAGGUCAUGCAUCAUAUUACAUAAUAUGAUUGUCGAGGAUGAACGAGAUUCAUAUGCUCAACGUUGGACCGAUUUUGAGCAAUCUGGGGAAGGUGGAUCUAGUACACAGCAACCAUACUCGACUGAGGUUUUACCCGCUUUUGCAAAUCAUGUGCGUGCUAGAUCCGAGUUGCGUGAUUCAAAUGUUCAUCAUGAACUGCAAGCAGAUCUAGUGAAGCACAUCUGGGCAAAGUUUGGAAUGUCUCGGGAUUGA